GUGCAGCGCUCCUUCAGACGUGCUCAGUGUGCUACCACACUGCUGUUCUUAGCCAGCGCAGAGGGGAGGUCGGGAGACUGGUUUCCACACACAAGUCCACCACACCGCUUCCAGUGAGAGUCAGCCCCCAAACCCCGGUUGCAGGACUCAGGUUUUGGUCAUCGUGCAGCGUUGGGGAUCAGGCAAGUGGUCGGAGUGCAGGUCUAAUCAAGACGCUACCGUGAGGUGCUUGGCGCAGAGGCUUGGGGGAUGGGACAAGUGUGGACACGAAGCCUUUUCUGAUUAUUUUGCAUGGAUGGCUAAGGAGAAAAGAGAUCUGCUCUGAAAACCGGCCUCUCUUCAUUUUGAACAUAAUAUCUUUAACAGUUCCUGGAUCCAGCCGGCAUCCUUAUUCUCUAACUCCAGAGAGACGCAGCCUCAUCUGCCAAAGGAGUUGACAUGAAUGAAGAAAACAACAGCACUGUGUCCCUGGUCUUGGAAACUGAAAGUACCUUGCGGCCGCUUGGCACACAUCACAUUGCAAACGGAGGCUCUUCUGAGGGUCAUGCCGGCGUCCUGACCGUCGAGGCAGGUCUGGGGCAGAGCGUGGAGGAGGCAGAGGCGGGACGCAGCUUUGGAAAGAAACAGAACAGCGACACGUCGGAGAAGAGCACUGGAACACUAGGAGGCAAAGUAUCGCAGCUGAGAAAGGAAGGGCAGGAUGUAGGGAAAAUGCAAGAGGAACUGGGUAAAGAAUGCAGGCUUUCCUCCAGGGGCUCUUGUGUUUCACACUCACAGAACGGCCUGGAAUCCGGAGAUGAAGAGGUGGCUGACAAGCCUCUCAUGAAUGGCAGGUUGAAAGACAGGGGGGACGAGAGGGACAAGCCAGCUCCUGGAGAAGGGCCAAGUGGUACCGCUGGAGAAGAGACCUCUCAGACUGAAGAUGAGCCAAGCAGGAAAGCAGAGAAUCAGACGGAUGCUGAUACGGAGAAAGAGGGGACCCAGGUUCGGGACAACCGGGAUGGGUUCAGUUCUACUUUCGAGCGAAUCGUGGAGUCGGACCUCAUGAGGGGCACCUACUACAGCAGCCUGGACUCACUCGACGUGCUGUCCCUGACCGACGAGACGGACAGCUGUGUCAGCUUCGAGGCCCCGCUGACCCCUCUCAUCCAGCAGAGGGUCAAGGACGGACCCGAGCUGCUGGAGCAGAAGCUGGUGGCCCAGCAGCAAGAGGUUCUGGAGCUGAGCACCGUGAGCAAGCAGGAGGCAGAGCAGGAGGGGCCACAGGGGCAGGAGGACCCGACGGCCGGACGGUGUGCUGAGGAGGCCUGCGGGAGCCCCCUGCGUCACUCCAUAACGAGCAGCAGAUCUGAGAACGUCCUCAGCAGGUCCUCCCUGAAGGUCAUCCCCAACGGGUUUCACAUAGAGAAUGAGGCGACAGCGGACGACACCAGCAAGAUCUCCAACUCCAUCAGUGAUGCCAACUUGAAGGAUGUCCUCUCUGACUCGGACUCCGAGAUGGGCAGCAUGGAGCAGCUGGAGCACGGGAGCACCGAUACGCUCGCCAAUGGCUGCAAGGCUGACACCGAGGCUGCCAGAAGACUGGCCAAGCGGCUGUAUAACCUCGAGGGAUUUAAGCGCUGCGAUGUUGCCCGGCAUCUUGGGAAAAACAACGAGUUCAGCCGGUUGGUUGCAGCAGAGUACCUUAGCUUCUUUGACUUCACUGGCAUGUCUUUGGACAGAGCUCUCAGAACAUUUCUGAAAGCUUUUCCCCUGAUGGGCGAGACCCAGGAGAGGGAGCGAGUUCUGAUCCACUUCUCCAGACGAUACUGCUGCUGCAAUCCAGAGGGUAUGACCUCAGAAGAUGGUGUCCACACUCUUACAUGUGCUCUGAUGCUUCUCAAUACGGAUCUCCAUGGUCAUAAUAUUGGGAAGAAAAUGUCCUGUCAGCAGUUCAUAGCCAAUCUGGAUGGUCUCAAUGACGGCAGCGACUUCCCUAAGGACCUAUUGAAGGUUUUGUACAAUUCCAUAAAGAAUGAAAAGUUGGAGUGGGCGAUAGAUGAAGAGGAGCUCAGGAAGUCCCUGUCGGAACUUGUGGACGACAAGUUUGAGAGUGGAGUGAAAAAAGUGACCAGGAUUGGGGACGGAGGCAACCCCUUCCUCGACAUUCCCCUGGCCCUCAACGCCGCAACGUACAAGCACGGGGUUCUGACUCGCAAGAGCCAUGCGGACAUGGACGGCAAGAGGACACCAAGAGGAAGAAGAGGCUGGAAGAAGUUCUAUGCUGUUCUGAAAGGAACCAUUCUGUAUCUGCAGAAGGAUGAAUAUAAGCCUGACAAAGACCUUUCUGAAGUGGAUUUGAAAAAUGCCAUUCGUAUUCACCACGCCUUAGCAACAAAGGCCACAGACUACAGCAAGAGACCAAGCGUCCUCAAAUUGAAGACAGCUGACUGGAGAGUGUUUCUUUUUCAGGCCCCGAGUGAAGAGGAGAUGAUGUCCUGGAUCCUCAGGAUCAACUUGGUCGCUGCCCUCUUCUCGGCCCCGGCUUUCCCUGCAGCCAUAGGCUCCAUGAAGAAAUUCUGCCGGCCACUUCUGCCGUCAUCUACCACCAAGCUCUCCCAGGAGGAGCAGUUGAGGUCACACGAGAACAAGUUCAAACAGAUCUCUGCAGAAGUGGAAGAACAUGGGAAAAACUCCCCCGACAAAACCUUAAAAACAAAAGAAACAGAGGAAUACAGACUGAAGGAGCACUAUCUAAUAUUUGAGAAAAGUCGAUAUGAAACAUACAUUCACCUCCUGAAGGCCAAGCUAAAGGUAGAAAGUGAUGAUUUGGAGAAAAUCGAGGCGAGCCUGUUCAGUGUGGAAGGAGAGGAGAGCUGUCUGCGGAAGACACAGUCCAGCCCCUCGCUGAACCAGGGCCACGUGUCCCUCAACGGGACAGCAGACGGCAAAGACAUUCUGGAUCACAAGUGCUGAGGAGAAAGGAAACUAGCAUGAAGUGGUCUGUGGUGGAUAUUUUGAGUUCACAGAAGAGCACAAUGUACUUAUUCCACUUAGGACCCAUGUUGGGGCCACGACAUUCUAAAACAAUACAUGAUGUGAUAAAGAAAACUUACCACAAGAGUGUGUUUUGUAACACGGUGAAAACCUAUGCUUUUUUAGUGCUUAUAUAGAUCUCGAAUCCACUUUGUCCACAUGGUAAAAACAAACUCUUUCCAGCACGCUGGCUGCCACUUGUGUGUGCAAUAAUGGACACAUUACCAUGGCCUCUCUGGUCAGAUUGUUCUGUUAACCAUCUGCGACUGCUAUACUUUGCAACAUACAGACCUAGUUUUUAUUAUUUUCUGAAAAUAAUGCUAUGAUUAUAGCAAACUACAAAGCAGCGGGACUGCAGUGCCAAUGUUUUCCUUGUAUCAGAAAUUGCUGAAACAAGAGAACUGCCACAGCUUACAACCUCCAUGAUUAAAACUAGAUUUCUGAUACGCUGAUUUAUAUACUGACAACUAUUGCAAAGCAAUAGGUAAAAAUGCGCUAUUGUACAGCCGAGAGACUGUUCUGAUUAUAGUGCGAGAACUGUGUGACUAAGCUGAGUCUUGUACGCAAAGUGGGAAGAUGUAUUACUAGGGUACUAGAUGACUUGUUUCAGAGGAUAAAUUACUUCAACGGUACAAAGUAAAGUGUGUGCUGGAACUGAAGGAAAGAAAUGCUUUAUGAUUCAGUCUAGUUGUUGGACAGCACAAGUGUCCCAUCUGUUUCAUAAAACUCUGCUUCAGAAUGCUAGCAGUAAAUUAGUAAAUGUCAUUUUUACUUUAUAUCAACUUUCGUAUUAUGAGACAGUACCAUAUUGCUAUGACUAAAGAGCUGACUUAUAUAAUCCAAGGCUUUUAGGUAGAUUAAUGCUGUUUUAAUACAAAACAAGACAUUUUAUUAUCAUCCUUUUCGUUUAUGAAGGAAUUUCCUAUUAAGUCGAUUUCAAUAGGCCUUGCCUUCUGAUUGUUUUGUAAGUUGAUUUUAAUUGCACUUUAUGUUACAGCUUUGUUCUGUUUUUCCUUUAUUGUAAAUUAUUUUCAUAUUUAUUUUUAUUUUUUAUUUUUCUGUGAUUUAAAAAAAUGUAAAGGACCCUUUUACUGGAAUCUAAGGUUAUUACUGAAAUGACCGCAUAAAGGUUCUUUUUAUAAAUAUUUUGGAUGACUAUUUAUUGACAAUUGUAUGCUGGACAUAAAGGUGAAAAGUAAUCUGAUCACUCUGAAGGGGGUUGACUGAGAAAUUUGAAUUAGGAAAAGAGUACAACUCUUGAAAGCCAACCACACACAUCUGCAAAAGAUGACUGCUGAUUCUCAGUGAAAUGAAGUGUCCACUUAUACAGAAGCUAUACAUUGUAUCCCUCACACUUCCACAAAAUGUUAAAUAAAAUGGAUCUCCAGGGUCA